AUGGGUCUUAGAACCAGGCAAGUAUUCGCCCUCGUACCAAUCGCCCAAGGUUCCAUUGGCGGCUCAUGUCAAUGCCACUAUGAAGAGCGCCUGGACUCGGCGCAAGUCAAGGCAAAGGCGAAACAACUCAGCACGGCCUUGGUGAAGACGUAUGCGUUCAAGCCCGGCGAGACGGGAAGUCUGUUCGGUACCAAUACGAUUUGGUAUCGGUUGCCAUGCGGACGAGCCAGUGGCGCCUCACCCACCUAUACAACUGAGGAGAUGACACACGCUCUCAAAAUCGCACAGUCGUGCAUCCCCAUGACACUACCUACCUCUCUUAAAGUCACGCUAAAAACCGCUGUCAAAGCCGGUGUCCCCCGUAGCCAUAUCUUCCUGCUUAAAGUCAAUGCUGAGGGCUAUCUGAGUAUUCAGGAUCUGAUGGAGGUUGGGCCGCAGAGACUCCCGACCCACCGUUCCGGAUACCACAAUACUCAGCGGCGAAUCUUGACCUCUCCAAAGUCCAUUUCCGUUCCCAGACCUGAGCAUCCCGCCAUUUAA